AUGGCACAGCAAACGCAUUACCCCCCUCCGCCCAUGUCGGCGCCCGCCCAUGUUACCUCAUUUCCUCCUCCCCCUCAACCUUCUCCUGGCUUUGCGCCUCCUAAUUUCAGCUAUCCUCCCCCGCCGAGACAAUCCCCUCCUCCAAAUGGUCCUAUGCACGGAACUUAUCCAGGACCCCCACCAUCCGUCAGCCCGCCAGCACAGUCUCCUCCAGUAAAUGAAAUCCAGCAGUAUUCCCAGCAGCAAUAUGUGCAACAGAAUGGGUUGGCCCAACAAAAGCCUAGGACUCCUUCUUUAUCAACGCAGUCUCCCCCACCAGCGGUGCAGUUGUACGGAGCCCCAGCACCGGGACAGUUUACCGGUGCCCAGGCCACCAAUGAAGACAGCGUUGGAACUUUCAAUGGUGGAAGCUACCGGAUCAGCCAUCGCGACUCAAACUCCCUGUUGACUUUACAGCUUGCUGUGGGCUGCCCGUUGACUGCGAAACCAGGUGUCAUGAUUGCAAUGUCCACUACCAUGACUUUGAGAGGUCACGUCUCCUUUGGAUGGAAAAAGCUUAUUGCAGGCGGCGAGAUGUCGAUGUCUCAUUAUACCGGUCCCGGCGAGCUCUUGCUCGCUCCUUCGGUUCUGGGUGAUGUGAUCGUGCUUCGCCUAGACGGUGAACAGGAGUGGAAGAUAGGGAGAGAUGCGUUCUUGGCUUCUACGUCAGGUGUGAAACAUAAAUACCAAGCUCAGAGUCUCGCCAAGGGAGUGUUCUCCGGAGAAGGUCUUUUCAUAUACAAGAUCACUGGGACUGGACUACUGUGGAUGCAGAGCUUCGGUGCAAUCAUCAAGAAAGAUCUCAAGGAUGGUGAGACAUACUUCAUCGAUAACGGCCAUCUUGUGGCCUGGAACUGCAAAUACGAUAUCGAGCGAGUCGCAUCCGGUGGAAUCAUUUCAGGGUUUAGUUCCGGAGAAGGUCUGGCCUGCAAGUUCAAGGGCCCUGGAAGUGUCUAUCUGCAAACAAGGAACUUGAAUGCCUUUGCUAGCCAGAUGAAGGUCAGUACGGCAAGCGGUUAA